AUGUCCGAAAAACAAUAUCUCUAUGGCGGAGUUAACUAUACUUCACUAAUUCAAGCCCACACUGACAAUGUUCGAGAUACUUUUCGCGAAACGGCUAAAUUAAAACUGAUUACCAGUUCCGAAGUUUGGUUCUCUUAUUUAGAUAAAAGAAAUAUCACGGUUCAUACUUAUCGUAAGGAAAUUUUGGAUGGUUUAUUUUUCUCCAUAACCAAAGAAUUUUUAAAAGAUUUAGACUAUUUUUUAGCAAGAUUAGAAAAGGAGGCACCCAAAGUCAAAAACCAAGCCAAAGAAUACUCCGAUUUAGACCUUUGCUAUUAUGAAGAAAUAUCUUGGAACACUUUUGGUCGUCUGAAAGAAGAUUUAGAAAAGUCUUAUUUGCCUUUUAAAGUAGAUUUAGUAUAUUGA